CGCCCAGUCCCAGCCAGGAUCCCCUCCCAGAGCUUCGGAGGGACUCCACAAGACGAGGCAGCUACUGACCCCUCUUGGUUGCUAGAUCAGACAAAUGGGAGGCGCGGUGGGGGGGAAUCCACUCCCCCGCCCCCAGUCUCUAAAGGAAGCAACUCGAUUUACACCCCCAGGGUCAGGGAGGAUGGGGCUCAGUCCCGGCAGCUGCUGGAAGGGAUGCGCAUCGGGCUCUAGGGCGGGGUGGGGGAGGAGGCUCUGAAGCUGCAGCCUCUCCCCCGAAGAAGCCCCUUGCGGCGCGUUUCUUUUCUCUCCCCCGCCCCCGCCCCCGCCCCCGCCCCCGCCCCCGCCCCCUCCUCGGCAGGGAUCUUCCUUCUGCUGGGCAUCCCGAGGCCGGGCUGCUCCGCGUUUGGGGGACGCGGCGGGGCUUCUUUCCCUGCCGCCUUCGCCGCUUUGAAACACUUGGGGAGCAUCUAUUAUUGAUAGCGCCUGCCAGAGCUCCCGCCCAGACGAAAAUAGCUGCCGGAGAGAGACGUGCGGUGACCUACAUGCAGAGGCGGGGGCGGUUGGAGAGGCAGGAAGGGAAGCCGGCCCCAGGAGCCAACCCCAAAACCUGCCCCAAACAGGCGGGGAACGAGAAACAACAGGAGAGCCAGCCGGGGCCCGCCAGUUCGAUUCAGCAGCUGGCAAUUUGGGGGGCGGCGGUGUUGGUGCACUUGAGGCCGCGGGAGGUUCGAGCCAGUAGCCCCAGAGGCUGGCCCUGAGCCCAGAGUGGUAGCCCCUGGCUCUUAAGAGCAGGGCGGGAGGCUCAGUGCAAAGAGCCCUUUGGUGUGUAGCCUGUGUGUGAGGUGCUGCCGGCGAUUUAUGGUCGCCCGGUGGGUUUUUCAAGACGUUAGAGAUCAAUAGAGGUGCUUUGCCGUGGCCUGCCUCCGCCGGACGACCCCAUCCAAGUACUCACCAGGCCCCACCCUGCUUAGCUUCUGGGAUCUAACCAGAUCGAGCUAGUCAGGUUCAUGCAAGGAGUGGAGGCAGCAGAAGAGCAAAAAACCACCCGUCUUUCCGGCAUCUCCACUGACUCCACUGCUUCCGAUGACUGGCAUCGAUAACGCGGAAUUCCUGCGCUCGUCUUCUCGCAGGUUGGAAGACGAGGUGUACGACGAAGACGGCCACACCCUUUCGGACUACGGCUUCGACAGCGACCCCGUGGGGAUGGCCGACCCUUCCUCCAUGCUGGACGACGUGUACACCUUGUACUACCCGCCGGAAAAGAGGCACGCGGAUGGGAUCUUUAAUAAAGCCUAUAGGAAAGUGCUGAGCCAGUUGUCGGCGAGAAAGUACCUGCAUUCUCUGAUGGCCAAGCGGGUGGGCAGCGGGGCCAGCGGCCUGGAGGACGAUUCGGAGCCGCUCUCCAAGAGGCACUCGGACGGCAUCUUCACAGACAGCUACAGCCGCUACCGAAAACAAAUGGCUGUCAAGAAAUACUUGGCCGCCGUCCUGGGGAAAAGGGUCGAAGAAAUUACUAUUCUCCAUUUGCUACUGUACAUAGACACAGAUGCCCUGCUUCAAGGGGAUUAUGAGGCUAUUGAGGUUGGAGAAUGGCUGACGCAGUUCCUUGCCCCGGUGAGUCUCCAGCCAGGCUCCUUUCGAUAAGCCCCCCUCUCUUUAGGGGCACCCCCCCCUCACUUCCUUCCCUCCCUCUGUUCCCUCUCCCUGCUACAGAUGGACUUUUCCUGUAUCCUCUGGUUGACCUUUAUUAUGUAUCUAUGUUUGCUCGGGAACAGGGGAAAAAGGGAAUUCCUUCCCCGGAGUCAGAGUGGAUCGCCGUACAGGUGCGAGAUCUUCUGAUUGCAGAUCGCUAAAGGUGGUCAGUGAUCAGUCAGCCCUCGCGAUGAUCCAGUCCGUCCACAGGCGAGGUAGAGCAAGGGUGGAUUCCCCCAUCCUUGCAAAUGUUGAUGCGGGCCCUGUGAUCCGCGCUCCCGGCUCUGGGGCAGAGAGUUGCCACUUUGGGAGUUCUGCGGCUUCAGCGGCUCCGGAUGGCAAGGGGGAGAUCUGGACUGUAGGGCAGGAAAGAAAUCGCAGGCGCCGCUUUCCUGGCAAGGAACACGGCAGCAGAGGAACGAACAGCUCCCAAGAAGUCUCUCCCCGUCUAAGUUGGAAAUAGUUCGAGUCCCACCCCCCCUACCCGUGGACAUCUGGAAGUAGCAACAAAGUUAAAAACCCUUAGGGAGGGUUUGAAAUCCACAGCUGGGAAAGAAUAGAGAAGAAAGCGCCCCCCUCCUUGGCACAGACCUCUUCGGGUUUGGGACUGGCAGUUCUACGAGUUAAAUACAACCCCCGCAGAGGCCGCGUCGACCCAUGCAGCAGAAUGAAGUGGUGGACUCUUAAGACUGCCCAAAGGACACUUCAGAAGAGGGGCUUUUUAAAAAGGACUUCGGAAAGUUGGCCAGUCCGAGGGGAGGGUCUCAGCGCGGGCUUCUCCCCGUUCCGCUGCGCACAGAGAUUUUGCUUAAACGUCGAGGAUGUUUCACAAGCAUCAUUGCCCGAGGGCGAGGGGGACGUUGUGUUAAUCUGGACGGCCAAAACACAAAGGAGUUAUCCGGCACCUGAGAGGCGGCUCUUGUGGCCUGAACGUCUGGGGACUCAGAAAAGGCUGUAGAGCCCACGGGCCGCUCUGCCAGGUGGCCUCAGACUGCUUUCUGUUUUAACCCCAACCCCCGUCUCCCGCCUGGAGUGGUCCAUUCUGCUCCUUGUCGAGGCCUGCCCCUCUUCAUUCUGCGGCAGGGGUCGAUCCGGCCCUGGAGGUCCACGGCCCUGGGCGCAGCCGGGUCUUGGACCGCGAUGCAAAGGAUCCUGCGUAACUCUCCAGUGCUGCCCAUACUUCUGAUCCCCCCCUAGAAUUGCCCCCCCUCCCGGGAGUCACCUUCUCUCUCUUGCCUGUGUGGUUCCCUGUAGACCCUUCUCAACCCCCCCCCCCCUUGGCCUCUCUCGCAGUGUUGUGUUUUCCAUCACUUUCGUUUCUGUUCUCUUGGGGAAAAAAACACCUAUAUUGUGAACGCCUCAGGCAACUUUUGGUUUUGUUAUGAUGCAAGCUCUUAUUGUAAGACCGUUCUAGGCCUCCGCCCCCUCUCCCCUGUUGUAGCGACUAUAUCGAGCUCUUAUCUAUAUCUACCACUAAAUGAUGAUGCACUA